AUGUCGGGAUUUCGAACUAGGAGAAAAAAAUUGAAGGCGAAAUGGAGCCAAGAUGAUAUAAAUAGGGCAUUUAAGCUUGUCGAAGACGGAACCGCGAUAAGAGAGGCUGCACGGUUGAAUGGUAUUCCGUUUUCAACCCUUCAAGAAAGGCUUAAGAGCAAGAACCAGGCGUUACCAGCUAUGGGAAGAAAUCCAGUCUUCACGAAAGAACAGGAAGCGGAAAUGGCAGACCAAGUGAAGUUUCUCGGCAAUAUAUUUUAUGGCUGCACUGCCAUUCAAAUAAGGAAAAUGGCUUAUGAAUACGCUGUUCAUAAUCACAUAAAGCACAAUUUUAACAAUACUUUAAGAAUGGCUGGGAAGGAUUGGCUUACAGGAUUUAUGAAGCGAAAUAAGUUGUCUGCUCGGAAAGCUGAGGGCACGAGCCUGAAUAGAGCUAAAGCUUUUAACAAGCAUGAAGUUUCUAUAUUUUUCAAAUUACUUGAAGAGUUAAUGGAGAAAUAUAAGUUUUUACCAAGGAACAUAUUUAAUAUGGACGAAACUGGCAUCACAUCAGUGCAUUACCCGGGAAAAGUGAUAACUGAGAAAGGCCAAAAACGUGUAGGCUCUAUAACCUCUGGUGAAAGAGGGACGACAGUUACAGCUGUGUGUGCAGUAAGUGCUACUGGAAGUUACAUUCCACCAAUGCUUAUAUAUCCUCGUCAGAGACAUUCACUGGCACUGGAAAACGAUGGUCCACGUGGUGCAGUAUACCGGUACUCGAAAAAUGGAUGGAUCAACGAAGACCUUUUCAUAGAUUGGUUGAAACACUUUGCUGCUGUCACAAAACCUUCUGAAACUGAGCCAAUACUUCUCAUUUUGGACAAUCACAGCAGCCACAUUUCUUUGAGAGCUUAUGAAUUUUGCAAGGAGAGUAACAUAGUUAUGCUGUCAUUACCACCACACGGCUCCCACCGGAUCCAGCCCUUGGAUGUUUCCAUUUAUGGUCCUCUCAAAACUGCCUAUAAGCAGGAAUGCAAUAUUUUGAUGAAAACUGAAUUAGGACGAAAAAUCACACAAAACGACAUUGCCUCGCUUUUUAGAAAAGCUUAUCAAAAAAUAGCAAGCAUCCCAAAAGCUGAAGCAGGAUUUGCUGCUACUGGAAUAUAUCCCCUAAACCCAGACGUGUUCACGGAUGAAGACUUCCUAGCUGCUGAAAUUUUAAACAGCAGUGAAUUAAUGAUAUCCGUAGAAGAAAGGCGCAACCAGGAUAAUAAAACUCCAGAAGUUCAAACCAUCUCACUGAACACAGAACCACACAUGUCAUCAUCCAAUUCACCAUCACUUCUCAUGGACCAAAACCAAAUAGCACCAGAAACUAAUAUUGUGGAAUCUACUCAAGUUCUGCUCCCUUUCAUAGAUAAUGCCACUCCAUCUACUUCAGCAGCUACCGCCAAAGAUCUUCUACCAGUUCCAAAGAAAUCCACAAACAGUAAGAAAGUGCAGGGAGCCUCUCGAAAACAACAUGCAACAGUACUCACAAAUACUCCUUUCAAGGAAGCUCUGAUACAAAAAGAAGAAAGAAAAUUGACGAAGGAAAAGAAGAAACAAUGUGGCGUAAAAAUGAAACUAGAAACAAAGACAAGGAAAAGACCAGCUAAACCUGCUACUGUCAGAAAGGUGAAAAAGAAGCUGCUUCAGGAUAAUAACAAGGAUCAAAAUUUAUCAGACUCGCAAAUCGAUAUGGCUGACGUACGCGAUGAUGAUGACACCGAUGUCGAAGAUCUUGAGAACAAAUGCAUGUUAUGCGACGAUUAUGGUCGCAACAACGAGCUUUGGUACAGGUGCGUACAGUGUGGCCUUUGGGCGCAUGCCGAGUGCUCGGGUUAUGAGUCACCCGAAGGCUACGUGUGCGAUUUGUGCCGAUAA